AUGAACGGUUCGCCAGUACCGAGCGACAAACACGACCGCCAUGAAGAUUCCCCGGAAGACCGGGAUCUGAAACGUACCAAGGUGGCUCACGAGGUGACUACCUCUCGCGAAGGGACGCACGGGCCUAGCACCGAUGGUCACAGGUCGCCGGCGCCGUCAACCUCGCGAGCGACAUCUGUCGGUAGUCCAGAGAAGCCGAAGAGCGAUGGUGGAAGUCUCGCCAAAUCAGUGGUGAAGAAGAAUGCAAAGUCGAAGAAGGCGCCGGAUAGUGGGAGCAGAAAGAUCGGAAAGCGGUCUUCGUCCAAGGAUGUUGUUGCGAGCCGCGACGACGAGGACAACGAUGACAGCGACGGAAACGAGAAUGUGUACUGUGUGUGCAAAGGGCAAGAGGAAGGCACAAUGGUCGGAUGUGAAGUCUGCGAUAACUGGUUCCACCCCAAGUGCGUCAACAUCGAUGAGGACAAGGUCGAUCUACUGGACGUAUACAUCUGUGAAGCGUGCGAGCCCUCCACGUCACAACGGACACGGUAUAAGCGGUUCUGUAAGCGGGACGGCUGUGAGCGUCAAGCCGCACCAAGUUCAAAGUACGCACUCCAUCACGAGGAUACAGCUGACCCCAGAUACUGCUCGUCGAGGUGUGCUCUCCAAGUCGCUCAGGCUGUUGCCUCCGGCCUCGACAAGAAGACCACAUCAGAGAUCAGCCGCAGCCUAUCCGGUUACCCCGCCCCAGCCCCCGCGGUCUCUGUCCAACUGGCCGACGGGUCACAACCCAGCACAGUCUCGCCGUCGCAUGCCGCGCUGGUAGCGAACCUGAGAUCUCAGAUGUCUGAACUCGAGCGGCAAAUGGACCUCGUGACCAAGCGUCAAACUCUGCUGUCACAAGCUGUCGAGAGCUGGGAAGCGUUGCCACUUGUGCUCGUGGAGGUCCCUGCUCGGCGGAAGAACAAGUCCAAACGUCGUGAGAUGGAGACGGUGGAAGUGCGACCAUGCGGCUGGGACGCUAGGCUGCUUUGGGACGACGUGGCUGUUGAGGCAUGGGAUGGCUCCCAAGGAGAUGGAGCUCUCUGUGACGGUGGGAAGCGUUGCGAUAGGCAUCAAGGGUGGCAAAAGACUGUCGCCGCCGGCCUCGAUGUUGAGGGCGCUGUCAUUGACAUGGAAGCGAGCAUUGAGCGGGCAGAGCGCUUCGAUGAGGCGUCAGAAACUGGCCGCAAAGCUAGUGCAUCAGGCUCUCGCAGUCAAGCUCAAGUGACGGGUGUUGACAUUCUCUCUAUCUGCAUAAACAUGUACCACGACUGGACAGGCGCGUCAUCACUGAGAUUUCUGAUCUUCCACAAUCUCAUCCAAUCCACAUCUAUAAUCAUGAACCCCGAACAACAAAACGAGCCCCGGCCCGACGGGGAGGACGUUCAGCUCACUGAGGACGAUGUCGUCGAGGUCGUUGAGGACGAUGGACCCGCCGGCGAGCCCAUGAGCGACGACGACUUUGACGGCUACGAUGGCGAGAUCGUGAUCGGUGCCCCCGCCCCGGGCGAGGAGGAGGAGUACAUGCGAUCAAUCGAGAAGGGAGAGGACAUGGAGGGCGUCGAAACUAUGGAGGACAACUCCUGGAGUGCCAGUGCUGUCCACAAGCCUCAGCAGUCGCUCUUUGCCCUCGCUCUUCACCCCGCCUUCCCCAACCCUCCUAUCGCUGUGUCCGGAGGAGAGGACGACAUGGCGUACAUCUACGCCCCUCUGCCGCCCCCCGAGGGUGACUCGGACGCCCAGGGCAUUCACGCCGAUAGCUUCUCGCCUAUCGGCCUCGACGGCCACACCGACAGUGUCGUUGCUGCGGCCUGGUCGUUCAACGGCGAGAUGGUCGCCACCGGUGGCAUGGAUGGCCACGUUCGUGUCUACAUGAAGGGAGACGACUGGACGCAGUGGGGUCUCAUCGCCGACCUCGAGGCCGACAGCGAGAUCCAGUGGCUCCGCUGGCACCCCAAGGGCCCCGUGCUCGCGGCUGGAUGCGAGGACUCGACCGUGUGGCUGUGGCAGCUGCCGUCCGGUAACACGAUGACCGUUCUUUCGGGCCACACCAUGCCCGUCACUGCUGGAGAGUUCCCGCCCCCGAACGGCCGCCAGCUUCUGACCGCCUCGCUCGACUCGACUCUCAUUCUCUGGAACCCCACGGCCGGCACCCCGAUGUUCAAGCUCCCCGUCUUCUGCGGUGAGAACGCUUCCGAGCUCGACCCGUCCGUUGAUGGUAUCACUGCUCUUGCGGUCUCGCCCAACGGUGCGCUCGCCGCCGUCGGAAGCGCUGGUGGUGAGGUCAAGCUCAUCUCUCUUCCGAAGGGUGACAUCGUCGGCAAGCUCGAGGGCCACAACGAGGGCGAGUCUGUUGAGGCUCUUGUCUUUGUUGACCUUCUUGGUGGAGCUGGCGGCGGCAAGGGCACCGUCCUCGUUUCUGGAGGUGUCGACGGCAAGGGCUUUGUCUGGGAUGUCCACACUGGCCGUGUCCGUGCCGAGCUCAAGCACGACGAGCCCAUCACUUCGCUCGCCGCGCACCCCGCCCCCAAUCUCCACCUCGUCACUUCUGGCUCUGCCGACCGCAACCUCAAGACUUGGGACAUCCGUACGGGAACCCUCGUCGCUGAGCACAAGGGUCACACCGGUGUCGUCAACGGCGUUUGCGUCGCUCCCCUCCCUGCCUCCGAAACGAGCCCGACUGGUCAACAGCAGGCUCAGGCCGUUGUCUCUGCCGGUGACGAGGGUGUCAGUCUCGUGUUCAAGGUGUAA